CGGAGUGUCCUCGACAUCACACAAACACUCGCACACACUCCUCCUCUGAGAGCUCGAGCCCUGGACUGGCAUAUUUAUCUUUUGGAGGUCUCACACAGGAAAACAGCACAGAGAGAAAAAGUGCAAGAAGACCUACAUUUGAGAACUUCAGAACUUUUCUUUUUUUUGGAAUUCUAUUCAUAGAGAGCGUCUGAGUUAGCGUGACUUGGUGAAUGGGUUGUCAUGGUGAAUGACACUGGCAGGCUGACCCUUGAAGAAGACUGGAUGUUGAAUGGACAGAGAGCUGCAGUGGACAGCCAGUGAAAGAAACGGAGUUUUCGGAGAAAGGGAAGAAGGGAGGAAGAGAAUGGAGGACGGCUUCUCCUGCUACAGCAGUCUCUAUGACACCUCCUCACUGCUGCAGUUCUGCAACGAUGACAGUGCCUCGGUGGCGAGCAGUAUGGAGGUGACGGACCGGAUCUCCUCUCUGGAGCAGCGGGUUCAGAUGCAGGAGGAUGAGAUUCAGCUGCUCAAGUCGGCCCUGGCUGAUGUGGUGAGGAGACUGAACAUCUCAGAGGAGCAGCAGGCCAUGCUCAGCAGGAAAGGACCAACCAAAGAAGCAGCAGUGAGGAGAGACUCUCCCUCCUCUAACAGCAGUUUUGGGAAGCCAGCUAGACCAAUGAUUGCAGCUCUGCCCCUGAGAUCCACAGUCAACAACGGUACUGUCCUGCCUAAGAAGGGUGGCACACUGCCAUCCCCCUCUGGCUCCAAGAAGGACAACAACUCACCAGCAACCAAAAGUCUGUCCCAUCUGCCCAGGUUUCUUCAAAGGCCACCUUACAGCACUGUGAAGAGAACAAGUUCAUCUGAGCAAGUUGGCCCUAACAACAGGAAAGACAGUGGUAUGGACUCCAGAAGCAAUCGCACACGCGCUGGUUCCACAGGGAGCAACUCCAGUGGCAAGAAAGCCACAGAAAACAAACAAAGGGACCCUGUUUUCAGCGCAGGGAUGCCAAGUGUGACGCACUGCAAAGAUGAAGGGUAUGUCAAAAUGUAUUUGAAGGGACGACCCAUCACCAUGUACAUGCCCAGAGACCUGGUGGACACAUACUGCCUGGAAGCAAAGGCUGACUUGCCUCCUAAAAAACUGAAGCUAGACUGGGUCUAUGGUUACCGGGGCCGUGACUGUCGAUCCAACCUGUACUUGCUCCCGACGGGGGAAACGGUUUACUUCAUCGCAUCUGUGGUUGUGCUCUAUAAUGUGGACGAGCAACUACAAAGACACUACACUGGACACACUGAUGAUAUCAAGUGCCUCACUGUCCAUCCUGAUAAAAUCACCAUAGCAACCGGACAAGUGGCUGGCACAUCCUCAGAUGGAAAACAGCAGUUGGCUCCUCACGUGCGAGUGUGGGACUCUGUGAGUUUGAACACGUUGCACAUCCUUGGAGCAAGUUUCUUUGAUCGGGCUCUGGUUUGCCUCUCCUUCUCAAAGUCGAACGGAGGAAGCUGGUUGUGUGUUGUGGACGACUCCAGUGACCACGUUCUCUCUGUGUGGGACUGGCAGAGGGAGGAAAGACUUGCUGAAGUCAAGAGCUCCAAUGAGUCAGUCUUUGCUGCUGAUUUCCACCCAACAGAUGCUAAUAUAAUUGUAACCUGUGGGAAGUCACACCUUUAUUUCUGGUCAUUAGAAAAGGGAUCUCUUGUGAAAAAACAGGGACUUUUUGAGAAACAAGAGAAGCCCAAGUUUGUAUUGUCUGUGACUUUUUCAGAAAAUGGCGACGCCAUCACUGGAGACUCGAGUGGAAAUAUACUUGUGUGGGGCAAAGGAUCUAAUCGUAUUAGCUUGGCUAUUCAGGGAGCACAUGAGGCAAGCGUCUUUGCACUUUGCAUGUUGAGAAAUGGUACGCUGCUCUCAGGUGGGAAAGACCGUAAACUCAUCUCCUGGGAUGAAAAUUAUCAAAAGAUUCAAACGGUGGAGGUUUCUGAGUUAUAUGGCCCUAUACGUACUGUGGCUGAAGGACGGGGAGAAACGGUUCUUAUUGGCACUACCAAAAACUAUGUCCUGCAGGGCAGUCUGGAUGGGGAGUUCAUACCCAUCACCCAGGGCCACACAGAUGAGUUAUGGGGCCUGACUGUCCAUCCGCUGAAGCAUCAGUUCCUCACCUGUGGCCAUGACAAGCACGUCUGCCUGUGGGACUCUGCCUCUCAUCAGCCCAUCUGGACCAAAACACUGGAGGACGCCGCUCAGUCGGCCGCCUUCCACCCUUCUGGGACAACGGUUGCUUUAGGAACGCAGACGGGCAGAUGGCUUGUGCUCGAUACCGAAUCGAAGGAUCUGGUCACGGUACACACGGACGGAAACGAACAGCUGUCGAUUAUGCGCUUUUCUCCAGACGGUCAUUUCCUUGCCAUCGGGUCACAUGACAACUACAUCUACAUUUAUGCUGUGGCAGAAAAUGGCAAGAAAUACAGUAGAGUUGGAAAGUGCUCGGGUCAUUCUAGUUUCAUCACACAUCUGGAUUGGUCUGUGGAUUCUCAGUACUUAGUAUCCAACUCAGGGGACUAUGAGAUCCUUUACUGGAUCCCUUCUGUGUGCAAACAAGUAGUGAGUGUGGAGACCACCCGGGAUAUUGAAUGGGCCACUUUCACCUGUAUUCUGGGCUUCCAUGUUUUUGGACUGUGGCCGGAUGGCUCAGAUGGUACUGACAUCAAUGCUGUGUGCAGUUCAAACGCAAAGAAACUGCUUGUCACCGGAGACGACUUUGGCAAAGUUCACCUCUUCUCAUUCCCUUGCUCUCAGUCCCGAGCUCCUAGUCACAUUUACGGUGGACACAGCAGCCACGUCACCAAUGUUAAUUUCUUAAAUGACGACAGCCAGAUAAUCUCUACAGGAGGGAAGGACAUGAGCAUAAUGCAGUGGCGGGUGGUGUAAAACGACCACUGUCACGAUGAACUUCCUUAUUUUUCUAGUAUCAAGUGGCUGUGGAAACCAAAAGUGCGGGCCAUCGGCUACAGAGUAAAGUGGAGUCUCAAUUUUAUUUGCCUUUAAAUUUGAUCUCAGGACGCCAACAUUUGAAGAGUCUCUCUGUUUUGACUGUCUCACACGUUCCCUAGACUAUGAAAGAGAUGUUUCGUGAUGGAAACCCAUCUCUUUAGCUUUGAAUAACAAACUAAAGGAUCUGCUCUACAGGACAAAGUUAAAUGUGAUGCCAAAGCACAUGGGGAAUCAUCCUAACACUUAAAUCAUAACAAUUCCUAACUUCUGAGGUAUCAUUUAGAGUCUUAGAAAUGUUAUACUCUAUCACACUGACUGUGUUUUGAUAAAUUGCGCGUUAACCAUAAUUUUAUACUAAUAUUUGCCUCCAUAAUUAUUUUUUAAACUUUUGCUGCCACCUUAUGGUACGUUGUGGUAUUGCAGCCACAUUCCCACCGCUGAAUUCAUUGCUGUAGUCAACUAUUUUUUUUUUUUUUUUUUUUUUUUUUUUUUUAUUCAAUUAUCCAUCAAAUUCAUCUCAAGGAUUAAAAAAAAACACGAGUUUGAGAAACAAAGUGACUGUACUGCAAAAUGAUUAAGGCCUUCAAUGACUUUCACUUGCUAAAUCACUACAGCCAUCAAUCGCUGAUUUAGUUAAAUCCUCAGUCUGACAUCAAAUCUGUUUUGUGCAUCAGCUGUCUCAACUAAACUUCAUCAUGUAGUGCACAUUUACAUUAGAGUUAAGCUCCAUUUUCAUAACCUCCGCUUGAGAAACAAGAUUAAACAGUUACAGUCAAAUGCCUGUUGUAUUAAUAAUAAAACUAAGCAUGCACAAGCUUGUUUGUAACUGUCUAACCUAUUUGACCAUAUCCAUUGUCAGGUAUAUGGCAUACCCAUGAAAAUAAAGGAAAACAUGUUAGUA